UGUCUGAACCCACCACACAAACACACACAAGUAUAAAAAGCCCUGUCUCACAAGACAGCUCCUGAUUACAACUUCAUAAUGAAUACCCAAGACACAGAUAUGGCACAAAUCAGUCUGACAACAAAUGAAAACAGGUUUUACAGAAGGCUCACGGUCACCUCGCAAGGUUAUCCUUUUAAUACUGGGGUAUUGGCUGAAAGACCCCCCAACAUACAUCCACGUAGACCAUUAAAAGCAGAAACAUCCGUAAAAAGAACAAAAACCCCAGUAGUUUCUAAUGCAUGUAGAGGCAUUAGUAGCUUACCAAUAGCGGAUCACCGUAGUAAGACAUACAGCGCGAAUUCCGGAGAAUGCAGGGACUGCAACUCGCAUAAAUUAAAACAGGCAUCAAAGUUGUCUAUAACUCGGAACUGCUCUACAAAAGAUAUUCCAGUCACGCGUAAAGACGGACACAUGUCAACAUAUACCGCAGGGGUUUUAAGGCAGUGCCCAUUUAGUGCGACAUGUGUAGGAAAGGAGCCUCUACAAAUACAGUCAUUAACUACAACAAAACACAUGUCUCGGGGUAAGCCAGCAGUCAUAUCACCAGUCAAUGUGUCAGGGGGUCGACAUUUCACUGUAGCACCAAAUGUAUCUGUGAAACAUUCCAUUACCCCAGUAAAUGUACCUAUACAACCGAUCCCUAAUAAAAGUAGACCUGUUUUACAGGUCAUAGCACAAACCAUCUGCAAUAAUAACAACAUAUAUAUAGGGACUACAUCAUUGACAUCCAGAAUUACCUCUGUAAAUGUGCCAACACCACCGCCGCCUAAGGAAAGUAGAUCUGUUUUACAGGCCAUAACACAGGCUUACAGCAAAAGCACACACAUAUAUACAGAGACCACAUCACCACUUGAUGCUAAAAAAUGUAUAAUGUGGUUCUUGCGUAUCGCUCCAUUAUGGCUUGAAUUCAAGGAUGUUGUACAACAUACAAACAAGGAAAUAUGCAAAAUAUUGAAGGACACUGCUCUUUUACAGCGCAGCAGGCCUCUUAGUCUAAAACUUUACGCCGCUAGUCGACCAUUUAGAAUUGGGCAUGCAUUGUUAUCCCAUGAUGGCCUUCACAGUAAAUUGAGCAUAAAUGGUGUUGCAUCAAACAUUAGAUUACCCCAUGACAACGGUUGUAAUUUAUUACCGUGGUUUCUUAGGGAACUUGCUUUUUGGAUAGCUUUAAGAGCAUUUAUUGACUCUGUGAUUAGUGAGAUUUGUAAAAUUACUAUUUUGACUGAUGAUGAGAUUAGACAAACCACUUUUUUAGACCGUUUAGAAAGACUUGACCGUGCUACAGAUGCCUUUCGCUCAGGACUAAAUUUACUGAACUCCCCGUGCCUAGUCAUGGUUGGUCUGGGAUUAUUAACCCGAACCAAGAAAUGGGAAAGACAGAGACGUAUAGCUAAGCGUCGUGCUAGAACCGUAAAAUGUGCCAUAAAUACAUUGAGAGGUGUAUUACGUUCUGCGAUGUCUAGGCAACGACGUAAGACCCCCUUAUGAUGCAGAUAAAUGUUUAACCCCUGUGAUACUUCCACCUGAAAAUGGCAUAGACACUCCUGGUACCCCUGUGACACCCCACACAAAUGAUACUGAAAUAUCUCCAUCGCCUACUGUCAGGAUCCUAUCCUGACAAGCAAGACUUUUUGUUCCGUUAAUUCUGUUUCUUUAAAACAAAGUUCCUGCGCUAGUUAUGUUUUACCACUCGUGGCUUCCUUGCCUCUAGUUCUGGAAACUCACCUUAUCAUCCUCACCUGCCUGGACUUAUUAGGUUCCUACAAAAUGUAACACCCAACUCAACUCCUUGCCUUGACAUUGAAGUUGAUGAUUGCCUGAAAGACUUCAAAUCCUGGCUCCUGUGUUAUAACCUGUGGACUUACCAUAUUGGCUUAAAAACCUGCGUUACUCACCAACCUGCUCCUGACUUGGCUGAACAACUCUACUUACCUGCUUUAUCUACAAACCUGCACCAUUGCAGCCUGAACAACCCUACAUUCCUGCUUGACACCCAACUGGCUUAAUUCUAUACUGGACUUUAAUUUAGUAUUACUUUGUGGCUACCUGCGUUACUCCUACAUUGGAUUUACAAACAUUCCAGAUAAUAUUGGUAUCAAUCGUAAAAGACCUGUUACUGCAGUACAAGCUAUAAUCCAAAGAGA